AACGUCCUGGGCUUCGACGUGGACGCGACGAGCAACACGGUCACGUGGCGACUCGAGCGGCCGGGCCGGCUGGGCAUCGAAGGGCUUCACAUCGGCGACGUCACCGCGGACCUCGUCAGCGACGGCGAGGGGAACGUGGUCGUCACCUCGGACUCGCCUUUCACGCUGGUCGUCAAUGGGACCGAGUACGAGAUCAUCGCGGGAGAGAACGAGAUCAGGGGCUUCGACUUCCGUCGCAUUUACGGCGACCUGAACUUCGACGGCGCGAUCGAUCAGGCCGACGCCCAACUCUUCCGGCAGGGGUGGCGGUCGUCCACCAGCGGCAACACCGACCUGGCGUGGUCGCUCGGGGACCAAAACCUCGACGGGGUCACCGACCUGCGCGACGUGGCGAUCAUGCGAGCGGCGCUCGCGAAAGUUGGCCUGAGUCUAUCCUUGCAAUCGAUCCCGGAACCGUCGUCCGUAGGGCUCGCGGCCGUCGCGGCCGCACUUUCCGCGCGCAGCCCCAAGCGGUAA